UGUGAAAAAUAUAAGAUAUAUUCUUUUUUCUGCAGAUUAGGGGAUUCAUCCUGCCAUUCUGCCAACAUGUCCUAACUCCCUCAAUCAAAACUGGCCUAAAACUGUGUGUAAGCUUUUUCAAAGUGCAUCCGAAAUGUUGGGUUUGCCUUCACAUUAUCUAAUUCAUUGCUUCAUAAUGCGUUUUGGGAUACCCAAAUCACGAAUGGUGCUAUGUAAAAACAAAUCCUAUUCUAUGUGUCUUAGGAGGGUAUUGUCACAAUUUUGUGAAUUUUUCAACCUUCAACUAAUACCUUUUUCUUUAUAUUCGUGUAGUUUGGGUAUGCCGAUUGGCUGGAUAUCAUUUUGAUGAUAAUAGGUUUGAUUGCAGCUGUUGCAAAUGGAACAGGGCUGCCACUUUUAUUCAUUGUCAUUGGAGAGAUGACAAACAGAUUUGUGAUGAUUGGCCAAGCACUAAAUAUGUCUUCAGUUAAUCUUUCAGCUGUGAUGAAUAGUAGCUCUACUUGUCCAGCAAUUCCAGGUUUGGAUAUAGAAGCUGAAAUGAACAGGUUUGCCUACUACUAUGUGGGUAUUUCCUUUGCUGUAAUGAUACUGAGCACCAUCCAAGUCUGGACAUUUUUGACCUCAGCUGCAAGACAGACAGCAAGAAUCCGACAAAAGUUUUUUUUCGCAAUACUUCACCAGGAGAUGGCUUGGUUUGAUACCAGCCAGAUUGGAACGUUGAACACCCGACUGACGGAUGACAUUAACACCAUCCAUGAAGGCAUCGGAGACAAGUUCUGUAUAUUUGUACAAUUCUUUGCCACGUUUCUGACAGGGAUUGUUAUAGGAUUCGUCUACGGGUGGAAACUGACUUUGGUGAUUUUGUCAGUUAGCCCUCUCCUUGCUGCAGCAGCAGCAGUUGGAUCAAUCGUAAGUGCUGGGGGAAAACAAAUAAGAAUUCUACUUCUAAAAACAGAUUGAGAGGGAGUGAACCCCAAAGCAACAUGACCCCAAAGUUUGGAGAGCUCUGUCUACACUGAGCAUCAGCAGGCAGGCAUUGGCAUGCCAUGGAGGCCUGGACGGCUUCCAGUCACCACCACUCACCACAUGGGAAGAGGAUGAUCAGCAUUCAUCAACUGUGACCACAUUAGUAGAUAUUGCUUGUAAUGCACAGAAAAAUUGAUAAAGUGUUUCCAUUUAUAGGUUGUAUUUUGUUUUCUUUCCCCCAACCAAGCAAUGAAAAUGGUGGAGGAAGAAACAGGAUUGUGACCUAUAAUUAAGAUAGCUAAGUUAUUUACAUGGCCUCCAUUACUAUAGUUUCUGAGUGCCCCACAAUCUUCAUUGUAUUUAGCCUCACAACACCAUGCAAGAUAGGGGAUUCCCAUGUUACACAUGAA